AUGGCUGCUCCUAAGCCUUGGGAAUCAUCAGUACCAAUGUCAAGUCAACCAAUGCCAACAAUAUUUGAUACCAUAAAUAACGGUAUGAUACCAACUAUCGAACAGCCACGAAUGCAAAGUCAAAUACCUCCUCCCCCUCCUCGAACAAUUCAACAACAACAACAACAACCAAUGGGUCUUUAUCAAUCAGCAAAUUAUUUAAGUCCUUAUUCAUUAGGUUCAUAUCAACAAGGAGGUUUAUAUAAUAAUAAUUAUCGUUAUUCACCAUAUAAUACACAAUACGGUAUGCAAUCGAAUAUGCCAGUUAGUAAUUUUUCUCAACUAGCUAUGGAUGAAUCCCGUUCAGCAUUUUCAUCAAUUGAAUCUGUCAUACAUACAUUUCGUUCAGUAUCAUACAUGCUUGAAUCAACAUUUAAUAGUGUUUAUUCAUCAUUUCGUGCUGUAACUGAUGUAGUUGAUAAUUUCACACGAAUACGAUCAGAUCUUGCAUCACUCUAUCCACUUGUAUUAUUAUGGAGAUUUAUUAAAUAUAUUUAUCAUCGUUUAUUACGUAUUCUUCAUUUACGACAUGCAACACGUGGAACAACGGAAGAAACAUGGUCAGCUAUUUAUCAUAGUUUACAACAAACUAAUAUAAAUCCAAAUGGACAAAUGCCAUCACCAUCGUCAUCAUCAUCAUCUAGUUUACUUGUUGCUUUAUUUGUUAUUGUUUCCUUUGGUACACCAAUGUUAAUGUUAAGACUCAUUAAUUCUAUAAUUAAAAAAAGACAAACUUCUACCAAUUGGUUAGAACAAGACACAAAUCAACCUCGAGUAUUAGCUUUAUAUGAUUAUACGGCUAGAAAUCCAGAUGAAUUAUCGUUUACACGAGGAGCAACUAUUUAUUUAGCACCUUUAGCUUUACAAUCCACAUCAUCUAAUUGGUUUUUGGGUACUGUAGAUCGUAUUCAUACAGGUUUAAUACCCGCUAAUUAUGUUCAACCAGUACGACAGACACCAAAUUCAAGCAUCACUCUUCAUCCACAGACACCUUACAAUGCCACAUCAGUUAUACCGCCUCAAUCUUCUUCCACGACAACAAAUAUUCCUCAACCAAAUAUUCACGAAGGAGAACAACCAACAUUAUCUUAA